ACUUAAACCCCAUCUCUCCCUCCCCUUUUCCCUCACACUCACAUAACAACAAUGGCCUCCAUCUCCAUUCUCCCCCUUUCCUUCCUCUUCCUCCUUACUCUCUCUUCUACUGCUCUCGCCGCCGCCCCUAGAAAGCCCCUCAACGUUCCAUUCGGCCGCAACUACGCCCCCACUUGGGCUUUCGACCACAUCAAGUACAAAAAUGGUGGAGCCGAAGUCGACCUCGUUCUCGACAAAUACACUGGCACUGGCUUCCAGUCCAAAGGCUCUUACUUAUUUGGCCAUUUCAGUAUGAGUAUGAAACUCGUCGGUGGCGACUCUGCCGGUGUCGUCACUGCUUUCUACCUCUCUUCUCAAAACUCCGAACACGACGAAAUCGACUUCGAGUUCUUGGGUAACAGAUCUGGCCAACCCCCAAUUCUUCAAACCAACGUUUUCACCGGAGGUAAAGGCGACCGAGAACAGAGGAUUUAUCUAUGGUUUGACCCAUCUAAGGAUUUCCACACCUACUCCGUUCUCUGGAACUUAUACAUGAUAGUGUUCUUUGUGGACGAUGUGCCAAUAAGAGUGUUCAAGAACUGUAAGGACAUAGGUGUGAAGUUCCCAUUCGAUCAGCCAAUGAAGAUAUACUCAAGCUUAUGGAACGCGGAUGACUGGGCAACGAGAGGAGGAUUGGAGAAGACGGACUGGUCGAAGGCUCCAUUUGUAGCGUCGUACAAGGGGUUCCACGUGGACGGAUGUGAGUCGUCUGUUCAAGCCAAAUUCUGCGCGACGCAAGGCACACGGUGGUGGGACCAAAAGGAGUUUCAAGACCUGGACGGAUAUCAGUACCGGAGGCUGAGAUGGGUUCGCGAAAAGUAUACCAUUUACAAUUACUGUACCGAUCGGAAGCGUUACCCGACUCUCCCACCGGAAUGCAGACGGGACAGAGAUAUUUGAUUCUCUCUUUUUAUUUUUAUUUUUUUCAAAAACAAUGGUCUCUCAUUUUACUACUAUUUCUAGUCAUCUUUGUUGCAUAUUUUGGUUGGGGUUGGGGACUGAAUGAUCUUUGUAUUGCUUCGUGAUUUGCCCUUUAUUUUGUCCUCACUUGCCUAUCCUAUCCCCCCCCGGCCCUGGCCCCUGGCCCCUUUCUUCUUCACUGUCGCUAUCGCCUCGUGCUUUCCCCCUCUCUCCUUGGAAUAUGUUUUCUAUUUAUUUUUAUUAUUUAUAUUAUAUAUUAUAUAUUAUGUUAUGUUAUUAA